CCUAGCUCCCACUUGCACCACCCCCGCCCCGCAUAGGAUAGGCCACGCCAAUAUUCCACGCCAAAACACACGCGCAGGCCAGCGAUAGCCCCGGCUCGGCCGUCGACGACCCACGCCACCCCGUCGAUCGAUCCACCAGUACGUGUCCGGCCGCUCGUCGACGCAUGCUGAUGCAGCUGCGCCGGAAGCGGGCUUGUUUUUGCUAACCGCACGAUCGACAUGAGGAGGUUCUUGCCGGCGGGAGCAGGGGAGCCCUCCUCCUCGUCGUCGUCGGGGCCGCACGGGAAGCACGAGGGCAGCGAGGCCGCCGCCGCUGCUGGUGGUCUGCGGUAUGGAGGCGGAGACAUCUCGCUAGGGCGCGGCAACGACCUCCUCCACGCCCAGUUUCGCGGCGGCGAGGGGGAGAUGAAGGACGACGGAGCGGACAUGCUGGCCCGGCACAGUAGCUCGCCGGCGGGGUUCUUCUCCAACCUCAUGGUGGAUGACGCAGGAUAUCAUGGCUCGAGAGGCGCCGGAGUAGCUGGUGGCAGCGGCGAAGCCCACCGUAACACCAGUAGCAGCACGAAGAUGAAAUCCCAGCUGAGCUUCACGAGCGGCGGGCCACAGACUGCCGCGCACCUCUCGCGUAUCUCCGAGGGCGCCUCCUUAUUCCCCGGCGCCGACGUCGUCCGCGCUGCUGCGCACUCGGGCGGCGAGCACCCCGUGUCGCGUUCCUUCUCGGCCAGCGGCAGUAGCGGGGGCUUCUCCAUCGUGGGGCCGUGGGAUGAGUCGAGGGAGAUCAUCGGCACCCUCGAUCUCGGUGGUUACGAGUCUCAGUUUAGUGGCAUGGCGAGCUCGUCGUCGCUGGAGCUGGCCGGGAUGGACAAGUACAUGCAGGCGCAGCAGCAGCAGGACCAGGUUGGGUUCAAGGUGCGGGCCAAGCGCGGCUGCGCGACGCACCCGAGGAGCAUCGCUGAGAGGGAACGCAGGACGAGGAUCAGCGAGAAGCUCAGGAAGCUGCAGGACCUAGUGCCCAACAUGGACAAGCAAACGAGCACCUCGGACAUGUUGGACCUCGCGGUUGAGCACAUCAGGGGCCUCCAGAGCCAGCUGCAGGUCAUGAAGCACGAGCAGGACAAAUGUACCUGCUGCAGCAAGCCUUGAGCAAUUUAGCAGGGGACCAGUAACUGAUCAGCACAACGCAAUGGAUGACACCACCUUUAGUCGAGAGAAAUGCACAUGACGCAUGAAUUAGUGCAUGCCAAUGCUAAAUGAGUACAUGCAGCUCAACGGUUCAUACUUUCUCAAGGCGGCAAGGAACUGGCAGCCGUACGUUCUCAUGGACCCUUCAACUUGUUCCCAGUCAUUGGCCAUAAUUAUCAUGAAGCAGGUAGCUGGUAGAUUAGGUACCUCUUCCGUUUCCACGAAAACGUGAAUUUUGGUUCUAACUGCUGAGACUGAGAAUUUUUAUUCUAUAUUCUUCAUAAUAAGCAGUGAGCCAUUCGCUAGCUUCCUAGCAUAUGCUCCACCCGUUUCUAAAUAUAAGUCUUUUAAAAAAAAUCAAUAUAAACUAAAUACGGACAUAUAUAGACA